CCGACCCAAAACCGCCUUUGUCCUGUUUGAGGGCACGUGGCAAUGGGUCCGGUGUCCCAUGGGAAUUUGUAACCCCCUGGCAACAUUUCAGCGGGCCAUGAAUAUGGCCUUCACUGAGUUCGUUAACAAAACCCGACUGACCCAACCCCUGAUCAAUUUCUGCAUGAUUGUGUACAUGGAUGAUAUUUUGGUCUUUUCAAAAACACACGAGUAUCACGUGGAACACAUUGAGUGGGUUUUGCAUGCACUAAAAGAUGCAGGGUUCAAAGUGGCCUUGGAGAAAAGCGAGUUCUUCUUGUCGGAGAUCUCAUUCUUGGGGUAUAUCGUCACGGUCGACGGACUAAAACCGGAUCCGAGGAAGGUGGCAGCAGUUCAAGACGCCCUGGCGGCGGUCACACUCACCCAAGUUCGGGCUUUUCUAGGGCUGGCAUCCUAUUACCGACGCUUCAUCAAGGGGUUCGCCGGCAUAGUGAAGCCCCUCACGAACCUGCUAAAGAAAGAGGAACAACUGAUCUGGACGCCGGAAUGCGAAGCGGCGUUCCGGGCGUUGAAGGAGGCUCUGACAUCUGCUUCUGUGUUGGCGCGCCCCGACCCGACAAGACCGUUCGCACUGUACACAGACUGGCAGCCUCAGGCGAUAUCGGCGGUGCUGACUCAGCACGGCAAGGACGGAAGGGAGCACGUCAUUGAGUAUGCGUCGAAGACGCUGAGCCAGGCGCAGGCUAAUUACGAAGCAUGCAAAGGUGAAUGCCUGGCGGUGGUGUGGGGGAUUCAGCAUUUCCGACCGUAUCUGUACGGCCAGAAAUUCGUGCUGGUUACGGAUCAUCAGCCGCUGCUGUCCCUACGCAACAACACGGACUACAUGGGGACGCUGGGCAGGUGGGCGGUGCGUCUGCAAGACUAUGACUUCGACAUCCGCCACCGUGCCACGUGGCAGCAUGGUAACGCCGAUGGAUUAACGCGCCUUCUGCCGCCCAACAAGUGUCCCGCCAACGAGCGACUCAUUCCGUGGAGGCAAGAAGUCGCGGUGACGAAACCACACUACGGGGAGCUACAUGUGAACGUGCCGGCGCCCGGGGUUGCGGAUUUGGCGGCGUACUCGUUGCUUUGCGAUCGGCUGACAUAUGCAGGGGUGUACGUGGACGUGACGCAGUUGCCUGGCCGGGAGACGACCCGAGUAUUCAUCGAGUUCCGUGCGCUCCAGGUGGCACCCAACUUUGUGCACAGCGUCGCCACCUUCAUCGGAGACUUGACGGUCCUACCGCAGCAGAAUCGGGAGCCGGCGCGCAGUUUUGUGCCGGAGAAGGAAGGGACGGUGGCGCUGUACCCCUUCGCCCCGCUCCAGACAAUCGAUCCGGGAUUGCUGGAGUUCAUACAUCUUGAGCUCCUCUCCAUUGCGCAAGUGAUCGCGAGCGAGGAGGAGGAGAUCCAACCACGAUUGCGGACGGCGACGGCCCCGUGGAGAAUGUACAACGCGGUCGUCAUCCCCGAUUACAUUGCGCAGCGCGCGGAGAGAUUGGAGGACUUCCCGGAGGAAAGGCCGUUGCGUCCUCCCUCGUCGUAUCCUCGACCAGCGCCACCAAAGGCCCACAAGAAGACGCCGAAGAGGAAGAGACGCCACCCGUCGCCAGGAGCGCAAGGCAGCAGGAUCGGCGACGGCGAGGAGGUGAUUCAGCCCGCGCGUACGCGGAUUCCUGACCCUGUGCCUGGGAGUGCGGCGACGCUCGUUAAGGAGACUAUCGUGCCAUUGCCGCCCAUUCCGCGUGGCGACUUCAUUCACCCACGCGUGGUGAAGGAAGCCCGCUUACCCACGACAGGGUCUCCGACUCCCAUCUCCGUUACCCUAGGGGAUGACAAGACCCAGCGCUUCUUUGAUCAGACGGUCACCGACCUCCCCUUCUUCCUCACUCUCGAACCGACUGAGCGUUCCUCGGCGUCUCGUCACGACCGCUCCUCUGCACAUUUCGAUGUGAUGGAGACGGGGUACGACUUCAUUCUCGGCACUCCGUGGUCUCAUCGGUUCCGCAGCACCGAGGCCGAUUGGGCGACCAACACUCUCGUUCUCAAAACGAAGUGUGGACAAACGUAUCGCGUACCUUUCAUAGGUACCACGGCGAUACCACGCCCCGAUCCUCCUCCCUCGAAGCCUUCAGUGCCCACACCACCCCCCUCUAUCACUGUCACCUCGCCUCGGCAGUUCGCUCACUUCAUUCGACAGGACGACGUCACCUUCUUUAUGGUGGACGUGACGAAUCUCUUACACUAUGAUCCACCCUGUCCCGACGCCGAGCUCAUCCCUCUCGAGCCAGAUCCUCCCUCUAUCUCCAUGGCUCCCAUCUCUACUUCCAUCCCUCCGCCGUAUGUCGAGUCCACCCCGCCGUCGGGCGCUGACGUUGACGCUGACGCUGAGGAACUCGCACGAUAUACGGUUGACCUGGAGCCCGCAGUUCGUGAACUCAUCCGAGAGUACCACGAUGUUUUCCCAUCGUUCUCGUACGCCGGCAUCCCACCGAUGCGUGACGUCGAGCACUCCAUUCAGCUUGUGUCUGACUAUCGUGUUCACCACCAGGCACCCUACAGACUCUCGAUUCCCGAGGCCACCGAACUCAAGCGCCAGCUUGAGGAGCUCCUGAGACUGGGUGUCAUUAAACCCAGCAACUCCCCGUGGGGUGCACCCGUCCUCUUUGCUCACAAAGCGGAUGAAACUCUCCUUCUCUGCAUCGACUAUCGCGGUCUCAACCGCUACACGGUUAAGAACAGCUACCCCAUGCCUCAUUCCGAUGAGCUGUUCGUCCGCCUAGCAGGCAACCGCUUCUUUACAAAGAUUGAUCUUCGUAGCGGUUACCAUCAGAUCCGCGUCGCUGCAGCCGACCAGCCGAAGACAGCGUUCCGAUUGCGCCUCGGCCACUACGAGUUUACGGUGAUGCCAUUCGGCCUCACCAAUGCACCCGCCACCUUCCAAAGGGCGAUGAACGAUAUCUUCAGGGACAUCCUGGAGCAGUACGUUCUUGUCUACCUCGACGAUAUCCUGGUCUACAGUCGUACCCUUGAGGAGCACCUCAGACACCUCCGCGACGUCCUUGACCGCUUGCGCAGACAUGGUUUCUACGCCAAGCUGAGCAAGUGCCGCCUUGCCCAGCACAAAGUGGAUUUCUUAGGACACUACGUGUCUGACCAGGGUGAUUGUCCGAUAGCCUUCUACUCUCGUCAGCUCCUGCCCGUCGAGAUAAACUACAUUGCUGAUGAACGUGACGUUCUCGCAGUAGUUUAUGCCGCUGGGCACUGGCGKCACUACCUGCACGGGGCACCAUUCACGGUGCGCACGGACAACUCUGUUAUCCAGGCUUUUCUGACUAAGCCGAAGCUCACUCCUCGACAGGCUCGCUGGUGGCGCGACCUAUGCGAGUUUAGUUUCACCACUGAGCACAUCAAGGGUGAGACUAAUCGGGUCGCAGAUGCCCUAUCCCGACGCCCUGACCACGACCAGGAGCACAUCCAGCUCUCUUCCAUCACGGUCACCACCGUCCACCACUCAGUGAUCGACGAGUUUCGCACUCAGUACCGCCACUGCCCCGACUAUCGCGACAUCSACGCGACCCUUCGGAGUGGCAAGACCGUCCCGAACUACUCUCUCUGGGACAACGGUCUCGUGUACUGGCAUGGUUCACAGGGCACCAGAGAGCCCCAUAUUUUUGUUCCCUCCACUGGACAGCUACGUGUCCGAGCAGUAGCCGAGUUCCGUGACCAGGCAGCUGCCGGUCAUAUGGGCUUCCACAAGACGUUGGCUCGUGUGAGCCGCCUGUACGUCUGGCCGAAGCGCAAGGACUUUGUGAAGGACUCCGUCGCAGAGUGUCCCACCUGUCAGGAGGUGAACAGUGCGAACCACCUGCCUUAUGGUUUGCUCCAGCCUCUUCCUAUCCCUGAGGGUCAUUGGCAGUCCAUCUCGAUGGACUUUAUCGGUCCUCUUUGUCCUUCGACCCCUCGCGGUCAUGAUGCUAUUCUGGUCGUCGUCGACCGCUUCACGAAGCGUGCACGCUUUGUUCCGUGCUGCUAUGCCAUCAGUGCACGUGAGGUCGCCGACAUCGUGUUUGACCGAGUCCUCCGCUUCUCCUCGUCUUACCAUCCUCAGACUGAUGGUCAGACCGAGAUCACGAACAGGACUCUCGGAGAUAUUCUUCGAAAGAUUGUUCGUGACAACCAGCAGUGGGAUCUUCAUCUUGCCCACGAGGAGAUAGCCUACAACCACGCCGUCUCGCCAGCCACGGGGAUGUCGCCUUACUAUUGCAACCUCGGCUAUCACCCUCGUGUUCCCGCGGACUUUCUUCGACCGUCACAGAUGCAGCUCGAUACGAGUUGUCUCGCGCUAGAUGAUUGGGUUGCACACAUGACGUCGAUCAUGAAGACCGCACAUGAGCACAUAGCCGCUUCCCAGACUCGCAUGGCAGCACGUGCGAACGGAUCGAGGAUGGACCAUUCAUUCAAAGUCGGUGAUGAUGUGCUUAUCGACGCCUGCCACUUACAGCUCGAAGCGGACACGCUUCGCAAGUUUCGGAGUCGCUUCUUUGGCCCAUGCCGCAUCCUCCAGGCCGUCGGUUCUGAUACGGCAUCUAGCCCGGUCAGCUUUCGUGUGAAGUUGCCCGACUACCUACGCCAGGCUCGUGUGCAUGAUGUCUACCACGUCUUGUUACUGCGUCCUUAGCGCAGACCGUCUGAGCGUUUCACUGGACGAGCAUACGAGCGUC